GGAGCCCGAACCAGAACCCGGACCGGAACCAGAAUCAGAAUCCGAAACCGAACCAGAACUCGGAACCAGAACCCGAACCCGAACGUCAACCCGAACCAGAACCUAACCCUGAAUCUGAACCUGAACACUGUGUGUGAUGCUGCAGACUCAAGAAAAACUCAAAAAGCUAAAAACAACUAAAAACUCAACCAACCACAGACUGGGAGGUGUGACUGACAGCACAGAGACUCCACCCACACAGAGCAUAUAAGGACCGGGACCUGAACCAGAACCUUCAGACUCUACGAGACCUUAAAGUGUAGUGAAGGCAGCGUGCAGUCGGUCCUGAUGGUGGUGGAGGUGAACAGCCGGGCGGAGGUGAUGGAGGGAAACCAGCAGAGAGUGGAGGUGAACAUCCUGCUGCUGGGAGCUCACGGCGUCGGAAAGUCUGCUCUCACUGUCAGAUUCCUGACCCGAAGAUUCAUCGGAGAGUACGGAGACAUCGAGUCCGUUUACAGCCGGGUGGACAGGAUUGACGGGCAGGAGAUCUGCUUCAACAUCUGGGACUCUCAGUUCGCACAGGCCGGUGAGAGCAGCUGCUCCCUCACUGACAAACAGCUGCAGUGGGCGGACGGGCUGAUCCUGGUCUACAGCAUCUGUGACCGCGGCAGCUUCGACGUGGUCCGGCAGCAGCUGCAGCAGAUUCGUCGCAGCAGGAAGCCUUUGUCCGUCCCCGUCCUCAUCGUGGGGAACAAACGGGACCUGCAGCGUCACCGCAGUGUCUCUGGCGAGGAGGGACGGCUGCUCGCUCUGUCGCAGCGCUGCGGCUUCUUCGAGGUGUCGGCGGCCGAGGCGUACCACGGCGUCCUGCUGGUGUUUCACCGGCUGGUCGACCUCGUCAGAGAAAGUCGGGCUCUGAGGAAGACCAACGCCGGCGUCCGAGGAAUCGUCAGGAGCGUGUCUGCUGUGUUCGGAAAGAAACGAGCUGAGUAGAAGACAAAGUUUAACUGAAGAGAUUUUAACGUCUUUCUGUAUCAAUGUGAGCAGAGACCAGGGCGUCCCUCACCUCCUGAGAAAGGUCAAAGGUCAGGGACGAGAUGGACCAGCAGUUUUUGUGUCAAUGGUGGUCAUGUUAGAGAGACGCGAGGCGGCUGCUGAUUGGAUGGAAGGAAGAAGAUGAGGCUUUCACAGACGUUCAUGCUCCUCAGAGGAUGAACCCCAGCUCUUCAUACUGUGGCUGUAAUGAACACUGUGGCCUCUAGGGGACGCUCACAGGGCUUCAGCAUCAUCUACCAGCAUCACCGGAGGCUUUUACUGUGAAACGGAUGGAAGUGACGUCAGGUCACGUGACCUGCAGACCAAUGAACUCACACAGUAUGUUUAUGUUAUUAUUAGGUUGUUGGAGCUGCACAGGUGCAGGUGAUAUUAACGUCACCUGACAGAGACCAUGCUGCAGCUUCUGUAGAUGAACGUAUGUAUUUACACACACUGACCAAUGGAAACAGCCUCUGUUUAUUUUCAGAUCCUUAGUUUUUGCUAAUAAAAGCUGAUUUAA